AAUUCUAUAAGCAGUGCAUGAACGUGGCACGGAAGCGCGGAGCACCAGUUCCUAACCUAACGGGCCUCAGAUCCGUCGAUGCCCGUUGAAUUGAAACGUGAAAGCUGAAGAACUAAACUAUUUAGGACUGUUGGGGCCCAAAACAACAGUCUGAUCGAUUGAUUCAGAGCUAGAAGAGGCGGAGAAAGGCCGAAAACGAAAGAGAUGGAGGGUGGUGGUUCCAAUAGUAAUCCAAGUUCGGCGGCGUGGUCAGCACCUCAGCUUCCCACUGACCAAAAAAUCAGACGCAUGAAACUCUAUUGGCGUGCUGCUUUAAUUUCCAACUUUGUUCUUGGAGCCUAUCUGUUCAUCAUGCCAAAAAAGAAACAGAUCAAUGCAGAGAGCAGCAAAGCUGUAGAAGCUGUACCCCCUCCUCCAGUUGAGACAACCAGUCCAGUGCAUGAGGAACCUCCCUUUAUUCCUUCCCCUGAAGUGCCUGUGAAGGUGCAAAAGCCUGUCCCAGAAGACCAACAACGUGAGCUAUUCAAGUGGGUACUUGAAGAGAAAAGAAAGGUGAAACCCCAGAAUCGUAAAGAGAAGCAGCGUAUUGAUGAAGAGAAAGCUAUUCUGAAGCAGUUCAUUCAAAAGGAAUCCAUCCCAAGUAUCUGAAGUGUAUUGGUUAAUGAUGUACUGACCUAUUCUCAAGACGGGUAUGAUUUGGCUCAUCCUUGAUUGAAGCAAAAGUACUCACUCUUCGUGUACAUUGUUGCUGUCAACUACCAGUUUGAUAGUUAAUGGAAAGGAGCUGACACUAGCCACCACGACUAAUAUCCUAGUUUUUGAGUUUUGUUGUAGAGGAGAAACACUUGACAGGGAAAGCAAAGAUGAGUGCUUGAGUGGUUUUGCUCUUUGUGGUGGAUUCAAUAGUUGAUAUUGGCGGAUUCAGUACUUGAGUGGUUUUGCUUUUUCCUAAGAAUGCUUUAACUGCAUAUUUGAUU